AUGGACACUGCGACCCGCUGUAAUCGUGGAAUAUUGGGCAUCAAUGUACAAUACUACGAUGGCAGGCGUAUUUGCAUUAAAACAUUGGGUCUCAUUGAACUGCAUAAGCGACAUACGGCAGUGAACCUUUGUGAUGAGGUCGAAUCGAUCUUAAUGGACUUCAAUAUUUCGAAAACCCAAAUUUUCUGCGUAACCACAGACAACGGCAAAAAUAUGUUAAAGACCGUAGACCUUUUAAAUAAGGAGGUUGACAACGAACGUAGCGAUCAUGAAGAAGAUAUCGACGAAGAAGGCUUACUUAAGGAUAUCAAGGUUUAUUCAAUAGAAUCUGUUAAAUGUGCAGCACACACCCUACAAUUGAGUGUAAAAGAUUUUUUGCAAAACCUUGGCUGUCACGAAGUAGUUGAUAAAGCUCGAAAAGUGGUCAAAACUUUAAGGAGACCUGUUUACAGGCUUAUAACAAUCGCAAAGGGUCUUCCCCAGCCAGAAGUUGAUGUAGCCACUUGUUGGAACUCAACAUAUACGAUGUUGAAGAAGCUUUUACUUUUUGAACAAUUCUGUGAGCAAGAAAAGGAUAUACCCCUCAAUCUGGACUCUUCGGACUGGGAAUCAAUGAAAGGUGUUGUUGAUGUACUGCAGCCUGUUUACGCAGCCACGAAGAAGCUUCAGAGCGAACAACUUUUUAUGGGAGAUUUCUAUAAAAUGUGGUUGGAGCUCAAACUGUCUAUAAAGGCAAUGUCUACUCCCAACAGCAUCUUGUUGGAAGACUGCCUACAGAAAAGGGAAGCUACUUUGCUGGAGAACAGAGCCGUUCUAUCAGCGGAUAAUGAUGAAAAUGUUCCGAGGGAGGAACCAUCAACAUCGUCGACGAGUUCCUCAAAUUCCGAAACCCUAUUGAACGAGUUCCUCAAUUCCAUUGAAGUUGACUCGAACGAUGAAAACUCGGAUGAUGAAAUGGAUGCUGACCUGAAAAUAGCUUGCAGUGAAAUCGAUAAUUAUAACCCCAAACCGAUCGAUUUAGGUGCCGAUAUUAUGGUGUACUGGGAGGAAAAAAAAUUCGUUUACCCAAACUUGUAUCUGCUGGCUAUGGUAGUUCACUGCGUUCCAGCAACGCAACUGCAUAUGAAUUCCGAUGUUACAAACGAUAUUGAAAGUACGGAGGAAGACGAAGAUGGUGAAAUCAAUUUCUUUGAUUUGGAUAGUGUUUAUUUGGAAGCAGAACCUGAAGAAGAAUGA